GAUUCACGAUACUAUAUAUUUGGAAAUUAAAACAGCUAAUUAAUGGUAAGUCUUAAUUUUUUUUAUUUGGGCAGGAAAAUCUUAGUAUAUUUUUUCGAUUAUAAAGGAGGUUUAAAGUCUAGUACAACGAAAAAUAAAUUCUAAAUAAUUAAUAACGGAACGAAUCGUCCCAUUAAGUAUUAAAGUUACGAUAUCUUGGUCAACAUGUGAGAGCGUGCGUUAGUAUGCUAUUCCCUCCUUUGAUUCUUAGUAUAUUUUAACUUAGAAGAAUAUUACCUGAACCACUUGUGGUUUACUAUGGAAUAGAUUGUAAUAAGCUAAAAAAAUCCUACCUAUAAAAACAAAAACCCUAAAACACGAGACAAAUUAAUCGGGGGAGAUGCGCUUUAUUAAUUAAUUGUGCGGUAGUUAAUUACAUGAUGUGGUAGGUCCUGCUCCGCUAAGUUAACUUGAUUAUUGCCUAUAGUUUAGGUUGGGCUUUGCUAUAUUAGGUUCUCAAAUGAGAUUUCGAAAUAUUUAGUGGGUAUUACUUAUUCACUUUGAAUGAGUAAGAGUCAAUUAAAAUAUUUAUUAAUGAAAAUCUGUGUAUUUAUUGUGAGUCAAAUUUUUACUUUAUUUUUAUUGGGUGUGAUACAUUCAAGUGUAUUUGCACGAGAUUUCCGCUUGAUAUUAUUACUAUCGUGAGUCACAUUUUGAAAGCGACAAUCAUAGGUUGGCGCGUAUAUCUCAUGCCUAAGAAACUGGUGAGUCGGUGUCCUUGUCUCUUUCCUGGGCUGGAAAGUGCAAACAGCGAGAGGAAGCGGAAGCUUCCUUCUUUCUUUUCGUAAUAAAGGAAAGGGACGUGGUUUAGUUGGAGAAAUGGAAUGGAUUCAUUGUUGCGGGGCCGCCUCCACAUACUCUGGGUGCUUAGGUCAUAUCCUUAUAUCACAUUUAAACAUCAUUUAAGAUGGAGUACUUGUUGCUAAUGGAGCCGCAGCGAGUUGCACUUGAACAGUUCAGUCCAAAAUUGAAUGUUUCAAACGUCAUAUGGUAUUAAUAUAUGGGACAACAAGUGGAACACUUAGGUGGUCGUGUUGUGCGCACAAAUUGUGGACAGUAUCUUCCUGACUUAUGGCUGUUAUAAAGGAGUGGUGGCCUGUCGAGCUGAGUGAAAAUGAUGCUUUUCUUGCUCUGUAACCAAUAGGGCCUGCAGAAUUUAUUCCUAUUUCACUUACAGAAAAAGUAAAAAAUGAAAAAAAUCAAAUGGGCCUGCAGAAGGUCCCCUUUUCCUUGUGGCCUUUUGGCCCCAGUCUCAGUUUCCCGUUUCCAUAGCAGGUGGUCCUGAAUUUUUACCCUAUUCUCCCUUUAACCUGCCUGGAGGAAGGCACUGCAUAAUAAGGGGGGAAAAGGCCAUUAGGCUAAGGUCCGUACCUUAAAACUUCUUCUAUGCAAAAGUAUGCCCUGUGUCCAAAAGAGCCAACUCAAGUCUAGAUCUGUCGUGCCAUGGAAUCUUAAUUCAUAGUGCCGAAAUUGUUUUCUCGCUAUUCUUCGUUGCUGCAGAAAGGUGAAGGACUGCUCAGGACAUACUCUAGAUCUCGGAACGAUGGGUGCCGGAGGCAGGAUGUCUGUUCCCCCUUCUUCUAAGAAGUCUGGAUCAGAUGCUGUGCAGCGAGUCCCCUACUCAAAGCCUCCGUUCACGGUUGGGCAGAUCAAGAAAGCCAUCCCACCCCAUUGUUUCCAAAGAUCUGUCCUCCGCUCCUUCUCCUAUGUCGUAUAUGACCUCACCAUCGCAUCCAUCCUCUACUACAUUGCCACCACCUACUUCCACCUCCUUCCCUCCCCCUACUCCUACCUUGCCUGGCCACUCUACUGGGCUGUGCAGGGCUCCGUUCUCACUGGCGUCUGGGUCAUAGCCCACGAGUGUGGCCACCAUGCAUUCAGUGACUACCAGUGGCUGGACGACUUGGUCGGCCUAGUCCUCCACUCGUGCCUCCUUGUGCCCUACUUCUCUUGGAAGUACAGCCACCGCCGGCACCACUCCAACACUGGGUCCCUUGAAAGGGAUGAGGUCUUCGUCCCAAAGCAGAAGUCCCAUAUGCGAUGGUACUCCGAGUACCUCAACAACCCCCUGGGCCGAAUCCUCACCCUGACCAUCACCCUCACUCUCGGCUGGCCCCUCUACUUGAUGUUCAACGUCUCAGGCAGGCCGUACAAUCGAUUCGCCUGCCACUAUGAUCCCUAUGGGCCCAUCUACACAGACCGUGAGCGCCUGCAGAUCUUUGUCUCCGAUGCAGGCAUCCUCGCAGCAUGCUAUGGGCUAUACCGCCUAGUGGCCCUGAGGGGUCUAGCCUGGGUUUUAUGCGUCUAUGGAGGACCUUUACUGGUUGUGAACAGCUUCCUCGUGAUGAUCACCUACCUGCAGCACACCCACCCUUCACUGCCCCACUAUGACUCGUCCGAGUGGGACUGGCUUCGGGGGGCGCUAGCGACUGUGGACCGUGACUACGGCAUCCUGAACCAUGUGUUCCACCACAUAACCGACACACAUGUGGCCCACCACCUCUUCUCAACGAUGCCGCAUUACCACGCGAUGGAGGCCACCAAGGCCAUAAAACCGAUCUUAGGGGAAUACUACCAGUUCGACGGGACUCCCUUCUACAAGGCCAUGUGGAGAGAGGCUAAGGAAUGUAUCUACGUGGAGCCCGACGAGGGCGCCCAGAGCAAGGGAGUAUUCUGGUAUCGGAACAGGCUUUGAGAUCAUCCGCAGGACUUUGCUUCGGGUGGUUCAUAGGUCCGUCUCUUUUUUUUUUUUUGGUUAAUUUUGCCUAAGUUAAAGUCGUCUGAUUUUUGACCCGUUCCGAGCUCUGCUUCAUAUAUGUUUGUUUGGGCGAUGGUGAUUCUAUUGACCUGAUUCAUUGUUGUACUACCAAAAAAAAUUUCACAAAGCUUUGCUCUGCAUGAGAUGGGAUUCAUUCUGGUUAUUGGUUACAUUCCCAUGCAAUUUCCUAACGA